UUGUUAGUAUCAGAAAUAUUCAAUUAAAUAUCAGAAUUGGUUGAAUAUUUGCGUGAAAAUGGAUUUUCAAAACCGACCCGGUGGGAAAACGGGCGGAGGCGGCGUCGCCUCCUGGUCGGAAACCAACCGAGACCGAAGAGAACGACUGAGGCAACUGGCCUUAGAAACCAUCGAUCUGCAGAAGGACCCGUAUUUUAUGAAAAAUCACCUGGGGUCUUACGAAUGUAAGCUUUGCUUGACCCUACACAACAACGAGGGGAGCUACUUGGCGCAUACACAAGGUAAAAAGCACCAAGCCAAUUUGGCCAGGAGGGCAGCCAAGGAAGCCAAAGAUGCUCCCACGUCGCUGCAACCGGAGAAGCCCCGAGUGGAGCCCAAGAAGUUCGUGAAAAUCGGUAGACCCGGUUAUCGGGUGACUAAACAGAGAGAUCCAGAAACCGGUCAACAGAGUUUACUGUUCCAAAUCGAUUAUCCAGAAAUAAGCGACCUGGUUUUGCCCCGACACCGCUUCAUGUCUGCAUACGAGCAAAAAAUCGAGCCCCCAGACCGUAAAUGGCAGUACUUACUGUUCGCUGCGGAACCGUACGAAACCAUUGCCUUUAAAGUACCGAGCAGAGAAGUCGAGAAAACGGAUAAUAAGUUCUGGACACACUGGAACAGGGACACCAAACAAUUUUUCCUGCAAUUCGCUUUCAAGAACGAGAACAAGCGCUCCGUUAACUCUGUAAUUCAAAGGCAUUCGAUUGUUGGCGGAGUUCCACCGCCUCCCAUGCUGCCGGUACCGCCGCCGCCCAGGCCUCCUAUGUUUAAUCCAAUCCCACCGCCACCGCCGAUGAUGAGGGCCGUUUUGCCAGUACCGCCUCCGAAUUAAUUUUAAUCAUAAAACAUGUCAUUUUUAUAAUAAUUGCAUACUAAAUGAAGAAAUGAGUUCAUA